AUGUGUUGCAAACUACUUGUCAGAUAUGCUAAGACAGGAUGUACAUCAAUACAAACGAAUUCACCAGACUUUCGAUCAGUAACCAGAACAUCUGAAGUAUGUCCGACACCAUCGACUAUUUGUAUGAAUAAUAUAUUUGACGAAGAAAAUGAAUUGGUGAAUACCAAUACAAAUUGUACAUACGAAAACAAUACCCACCAUGCGAACAUUAUUCCCAAAACUCCUGUUGGUGUAAACACUGUUGUGGAAGCUUUACUAACCACCCAAUAUCCGGAAUCUGUUGUAAAUGAAGCUGAAUAUUGGAAAAGGAAAUUUAACAAUGAUCCUGAAGUGUGGGAUGAUUUCGUUAAAAAUCCGAUCAAUCCAUUGGUUCUAGUAAAAUUGAUCAAUGACUGGUUAACACAUUUAAAGUCUCCUGUUCUGCGUGUACAAGAUUUACUCAGCUUACAACAAAACCCUUUAUUCGAAGAAAAUAUUCUUGAAUCGCUUGAAACUCUUGAGAAACCAGUGGUUUGUUUAAUGAGUCUAUUCGCAAGACUGAUAACCAAUUUACAACCUUUAUGUGAUAUAACAGAAUACCAACUAAUACAACGUGUUUUGAAUUGGUUAUGUCAAAACAAAUCAAAAAAUGCACAAAUGAUAACAUCAUCAAAUGAUUCAAACAAUUUCAAUGCUGGAUUGCCAUAUCAUACAAGAUUCGAUGAUUCAAUGAGAAUAGCCAUUAGAAUUAUGCGUUUUUUAAUUGAUUUUGUAAAACCAAACUGUGGACAAUCAGUUGAAAAGACUGAUUCAUUGUCUUCUUAUUCAUCAUCUACUUACUACUUAUAUUGAUCACCAAUGACACUGGUGACCCAUGACACACUGGUAGUCAAAGUAUCAGCUAUAUGUGGUCAAGGAGAUCAACUCUGAGAUUAUAA